AUGUUGGAUAAUGUAACAAAGAAGAGGGAGAGAUUGAACUAUGCUAGAGUUCUAAUUGAAGUCUUGAUGGAUCAAAGCUUGCCAGAUAUGGUAGACUUUGAGAAUGAGUUUGGCAUGAACACGACAAUUGGGAUAAAGUAUGAAUGGAAACCUGUUUCGUGCUCUCAUUGCUCUGGUGUGGGGCAUUUUGCAGCUGAGUGUAAGAAGAACUCGAAUGGUACACAACAGUGGAUUAUUAAGAAGGAUAAUAGGAAGCAAGGGCAAGUAGAUGAUGAAGGCCUUACAAAAGUUACCAACUCCAGAAAAGGGGUUGUCCGAGGCACUAUAAAUGGUUCAGAUGGGGCAAGUGGUAAAAUUGUGCAAAACUCUUUUCAGGCACUUGGUGAAGAGGAUGUGAAUCUUGAAGCAGUGGAGGAAUAUCCAAUUAUGGUCAACACAGGAGGGGGGAGCCCUCUCUUUCUAAUGGAUAAACUCCUUUGUUGGAAUGUGAGAGGAGCCAACAAUCAACAUAAACAACAACUAAUAAAGCAAUUUAUUAAUUCUCAGAAGGUUGAUUUUGUUGGUCUCCUUGAGACUAGAGUAAAGGCUCCAAAACUUGGUGGUAAGAUUGUUAUCGCUUGGAACCCGUGGAGGUUCACUGUUGACAUCCUUAAAUGUACUAGUCAACUUAUGCAUUUAAAGUUGUCAACUGUUGAAGGUUAUGACAGUUUCUUAACUGUGGUGUAUGCUUCAAAUAGCAGAGUAGAGAGAAGGAUAUUGUGGAAGGAUUUGAUGGACCUGAACACAGCUAAGAAAUGGCUUUUAAUGGGAGACUUCAACGAUAUUUUAGCUAAGGAAGAAAGGGUUGGCCACAGGGUUAAAUUUUACCCCCAUGUUGAGUUCGUGAAUUGUGUAAAUUCCUACCUUUUACAAGAUGUCAAAGCAAGUGGAAAUUUUUUCACUUGGUCUAACAAACAACAUGGAGAGGAUAGGAUUUUUUCGAAGAUUGACCGAAUACUUGCCAACCAAACAUGGAUUAACAAAUAUGAACUUGCAGAGGCUGUGUAUCUAAACGAAGGAUUAUUUGAUCAUACUCCUGCGAUUUUGUCUCUUCAUCCAGACCUGGUGAGUGGGAAAAAACCAUUUAAAUACUUUAAGAUGUGGAAAUCACAUCCUAAGUAUGAUAGUUGUUUGAAAGAGGUUUGGGAUCGACCUGUGGUUGGUACUAAAAUGUUUCAAGUCAUCUCUAAGAUGAAGCAGUUUAAACUCAAGCUCAAAGAGAUCAAUAAAGAGGGGUUCCAUGACUUACAUGCUGCUGUUUCCAAGAAAGCUAAAUCUUCCUGGAUACAAAGUGGUGAUUGUAACACAACCCUUUUCCAUGCUUGUAUUAAACAGAGACAGAGGCAGAAUAGGAUUUUUUCUAUUGAGAAGCAUGAUGGGAGUAGGGUCAAUGAUCCAACUAAGAUAACAAAGGCUUUCUUGGAAUUCUAUAACAAGCUACUUGGCACCAAAAUGGACAAUAGAAGGAAGAUAGAGACUAAUAUUCUGGCUAGAGGUCCUAUUCUAACACCUGAUCAUGUCAACCUUCUUACUUAA